AUGGAUCUCCUUCCAACAAUUUCCUACAAAGUGCUUCAUCGAGCAACUAAUGGAUUUUCUCUCAAGAAUUUGAUUGGAUCUGGUAGUUUUGGAUCAAAUUACAAAGGAGUUCUUAAUGAAGAAGAAAUGUCAGUUGCACAACAAAUCAUACAUUGUGAUUUAAAGCCAAGUAAUAUUCUUUUCAAUAGUGAGAUGAUUGCUCAUGUAAGCAACUUUGGUUUAGCAAGACUCCUCACAAGCACCGAUGAUUCUUCCCAGAAGUGUACUAGUACAAUUGGGUUAAAAGGAUCUAUCGACUAUGUUGCUCCAGAGUAUGGCAUGGGUGUUGAGUCAUCGACUGAGGGGGAUUUAUAUAGCUAUGGAGUCCUUAUGCCGGAAAUGUUUACAAGAAGGAUGCCCACUGAUGAUAUGUUUAAAGAUGGUCUGAAUCUCCAUAAUUUUGUUAAGAUGGCAUUACCAAAAAGACUUGCUCAAGUUGUCGACCCAAUGCUUUUGCCAAGAGAAGUUGAAGAAUUGGGAGUUGCAACUGGAGUAAAGAUGGCAAUUGAAGUAGAAGAAACUAAUAAUAUUGAGGACUCUAGGCAUGUUGAUGCUGACAUGCAAAUAUUCUUACUCUCAAUUCCUAACAAGUGUUUUCAUUAG